AAACAAACCAGCAACAAAUCCACACUCAGUUGGACUCCUUCUGUUUCUAGGAUUUCCAUCAUCGUAUUAAAAGCUUUACUGCUCAACUUGAGGAAUCCUGGCUAGCUCUAUAGUUGUGUCCCUUUUCCCACUUGGUGAGAGCUUGUUCCACAGUCGUCCGUCCAUCCUUGUCGCGCCAACGACGUGCACUACAGUGGUCUUUUGCUGCCUGGUUUAUGGUCUCGUGAGCGCACAGGGAGAACCUCAUGGCCAGAUUACUUUAGCUAUCACCAAGCGAGUUUUCGAUCAGCGCAAGUAUCUAGAGACCGAAGAUGGCGAGCAAUCUCCCCCGAGAGCUGAUAUUCGUGAUCGCGGAACACCUUAACCGAGAUGGUGGCUCCUUGCUACCAUAUGCCCUCGUCUGCCGUAGCUGGCAACCUGUCUUUGAAUCUUUCAUAUUUUCCACCGUGACGGUACACAGCGGCGAAAGGGAUGGCACUAAGGCUCGCGAGCAGAAGGGGUUCUCCCUCGAGGAUUUCAAGAGGGCAACGUCGGGCCAGAAUUCCAGGCGCCGAGCAUGGAUUCGGGAAGUUCGAUACGAUAUCAUUGUCCCAUAUGAACUACUGGACUGGAGUAAUACCAAGUGGGACGAAUCCUAUACAGUUGACAACCCGGUUCGGAAAGCCAACGACGAGGCGUUCCAGGCGGCAAUGACUGAGCUUUUUACAACAGUACUCAGCUCUUGGGACCAAACACACCGUCUCUCGCUACAUAUUGGACUCCUUGGGUGCAAACAAGGCUUUGAGCUGGAACCUGGCACCUCCAGAUAUGAGGACGCCGGCGACUACCGCUUCGACUUUACAGAUGGGCGAACCGAGGCUCUACCUCCUUAUCGCGCACGGCUAUCUGAUUUUGAUGCUCUAUCCAUCGUCCCGUGCGUUGAUAAACUUACCUUCAUCAAUUCGAGACAUCGAUUCAAAGAGCCAUUUCUCUUCUACGAGGAGAAGGAUGAUUAUGAGGACGAGUAUGACCCAGAACAAGAUCCCCGACCACGCAACAGAUGGCAUCAAAUUUGGGCUGGGACCGUGUUUCAGAUCGCGGAGCGUUGUCGGACCAUCACCGAGCUACAUUUGAAUCUAGAUGAGUACGUGCGGCCAGAUCAUCUGGAGUACAUACAGGAACGCCGUGCCGCGGUUGCUGAAGGGGUACGGCACCUACCAUCGAGCUUGAGGGUCUUCAACUACCUCGGCUACAAGGAAGAGCCGUGGAAGGAAACAAUGUCGGCCUUGAACGUCCUCAACGCGGGUGUCGACACCUUGGCAGGUAGUCUCCGGGGUCUAACCUAUGUGCUUAGAGAGCUACGAUUGACCUAUGUAACCAUCUCUCUGGACUUCCUGUGCCCACUCAAUCCCGAGGGCCAGCCCACCGCUAACUGUACCUCCCACUGGCCCAACCUCCAAGUCUUGACACUGCAUAGAUCCCCACCUUUCACCCCACAAGGGAAAUGGCUCGCACUCCCAGACACCGAAGAGCAACAGAUAAUCGACGAAGUUAGCGACUGGGAGACCGAGAUCUGCAACACCGAACGUGGAUUCAUCAGCCGCCCCGUCCUUGACGCGGAGCAAAUCCAUCGGCUAUCAAUCUCAUGGGGCCUCGCUGCUCGGCAUAUGCCCCAGAUCGCCGUGAUGGAGUAUCAUAUGACCCAUGGGAGCUCAAAGACUGACUUUGAGGUUCGUAUGGGCGACGAGAUUACCCUGCGCUGGAAGAGCCGUUCUACCUACGUGCCGGAUCAGAGAGUUGCGAAGGCGUGGGGUUUUGAUUUGAAGGACAUGACCUCGCAUAAACCGCUGUCGUACUCGGUAGUACUGCCUAGCCGGCCUGCUGGGACAGAGUGAGGUGAGUACGGGAUCAAGCUCCUGAUGGUGUUGGGGAUCGCUACGUUUGUAUGCAGUUGAUUAUUAUCAUACCAUUCGCAACGUACGCGACAAGACCAUUGGAUUUGUUUCUUUCAUGCUUUUUCCAAUCUCCGGCAUCAGGAUUUACUGUGUAGGACACUUCCGACGUCAUUCACUGAUACAGAUGCUCGGGUCUCUCCAAACCAACCUCACCCGCUCGAAAAUAAUACUUUUUGUCCGGCGACAGAGUCCCUCCGCUCUUCAGAAGACCAGUUUGUUUUCUGCAUGCCCUGCCCAGCUUGCUCAGGCAUUUGACCAUCUUGACCGAUUUGCGCGUCGAAUAGCUCGUUGCGUUCCGCCAAUCGCCAUGCCUCUCCACCUAUCAUCUAUACCUCCGCGCUUUCCAGCAGCCAAGCAACCAAUCACGCCUCGUUAUAUCUACAUGCUUGCUUUUUCCUGUCGCAAAAUUGCAGAGAGUCCCUAAUUUCGACAAUUAGCGAGCAGUCAUCUCCAGUUCGUCUUUCAACCCCGCAGAGGCAGGGUUGCGAACGACCAGCUGGCGCUUGCGCAAAAGCAAACAGAUUCUAACCAACACUCCGGCCGCACCUUCCAUUUUCCUGCCUAUUUCCAACCUUUUCCCCUUCUACGAGCCAUCUCCUCUCCAUUCCCUUUCAUGGUUGCACCCUUCAAGUUCCCCAAAAUGCCAAAAUCCGGUCGUGGUCAGAGAUCGAAAAAUUAGUUAUGCGGGCUAUUCCGGCGCAAGCACCGCCUCAACCGCGAUGAAGAGAGCCAGGUACCGUGCUCUAUUUUCUCCAGGGACGCGAAUUUCCAAUGGUACAGCCUAACAAUCUUUCUUUAUAGUCAAUUUCGCCCGUCCGGAACCCCACGCGAACCCCUGCCGAAUUCAACGAAGCCUCGUGCUGCCCGGACAUCCUUGAAAACAAAGCCCUCGAACGAACCCCUUCGCCCAGGUCCUCAAACGCCCACGAACCACGAAGCAGUAAACGUCAGACUGCAAAAUCUGGAUAUGGAUUCCAAGGACCAAUCUGGUCGAACACCUCUAUCAUGG